ACCCAAUGGACGUCGCCGAACGGGUCUCCUCCACCGAUCGGCAUGAUGGCAUCCAUCCCGGCCGGGGUUUAGGCGACAGUAACACGAAACGGUGAGGCGCGCUGGUCGCCGACGUCGAUCUGUUGCCCGUUCGCCGCCGGCUCACACCCCCACCUACUCCCGCGCGCGCGCUGCUUAUUUAUAGCGCGCGCCGCCGAGGUGGGCAGGGCAAGGCGGCGCGUGCUGGGCGAGCAACAGAGCAGAGCUGGGCAGCUGCAACCAGACAGCAAAAAGCCCUGCAUGUUCUAGUGCGUGCCUUACUCUACCUAGCGUCUAGAUAUCACACGAGCGUCUUGGAGUUUUCACUUCGAUCACUCCUCGAUUGUCGGAGGCGAGUGAUCGAGCACGCGAGCAAACGGUAGUGGUGGAGGUCGCCAACCGAUCGAUCUCGCCAUUUAGCUAGCAUGGAGGUGAAGGUGCUGAGCUCCAAGCUCGUGAGGCCGUCGUACCCGGCGGGCGCGCCGCGGCCGGACACCACGGAGCACGUGCCGUCGUCGGUGUUCGACAAGGCCACGUACCACAUCCAGAUGGCCAUCAUCUACGCGUUCGCGCCGCCGGGGCCCUCCGCGGCCGACAUCGAGCGCGGCCUCGCCGCGGUGCUGGGCGUGUACCGCCUCUUCGCGGGGCAGGUCCGUGCGGGCCCCGACGGCGGCCCCGGGGUGCUGCUCAACGACCACGGCGCGCGCCUCGUGGAGGCAUCCGUCGACGCGCACCUCGCCGACAUCGCGCCGACGAAGCCGUCCCCCGCCGUGCUGCAGCUGCACCCGGACCUGGAGGGCGAGAUCGAGGAGGUGGUGCAGGUGCAGCUCACGCGGUUCGCGUGCGGCUCCCUCGCCGUGGGCUUCACCGCCAACCACGCCGUGGCGGACGGCCACGCCACCAGCGACUUCCUCGUCGCGUGGGGACGCGCCGCGCGCGGGCUCCCCGUCGGCCCGCCGCCGCCGGUGCACCACCCGGACCUCUUCCCGCCGCGGGACCCGCCGCGCGUCGAGUUCGAGCACCGCGGUGUCGAGUACUACCGCCCCGCCCAACCCGCGGCGGCGGGCCACGGCCACGGCGAGGCCCAGCACAACAACAUCGUGAUCCACAAGGCGCACUUCACCAAGGACUUCGUGGCGGGGCUCCGCGCCAAGGCGUCGGAGGGCCGCGGCCGCCCGUUCAGCCGGUUCGAGACGAUCCUCGCCCAUGUGUGGCGUACCAUGACGCGGGCGCGGGGGCUCGGCAACCCGCUGCAGACCUCGACGAUCCGCAUCUCCGUGGACGGGCGGCCGCGCCUCGCCGCGCCGGCGGGCUACUUCGGCAACCUGGUGCUGUGGGCGUUCCCGCGCGCCACGGUGGGGGACCUCCUGAACCGGCCGCUGAAGCACGCGGCGCAGGCGAUCCACGACGCUGUGGCGCGGGUGGACGGCGCCUACUUCCGGUCGUUCGUGGACUUCGCGAGCUCCGGGGCGGUGGAGAAGGAGGGGCUGGAGCCGACGGCGGUGCUCAAGGACGUGCUGUGCCCGGACCUGGAGGUGGACAGCUGGCUGACUUUCCCGUUCUACGAGCUGGACUUCGGCGGCGGGAGCCCGGGCUACUUCAUGCCGUCCUACUUCCCGACGGAGGGGAUGCUGUUCCUGGUGCCGUCGUACCUGGGCGACGGCAGCGUCGACGCCUUCGUGCCGGUGUUCGAGCACAACCUCGAGGCCUUCAAGCAGUGCUGCUACUCCAUGGAGUAGCUAGCUAGCUCUCACCUAGUGCAUGGCAUGCCGAUGAGGGGAUGAGCACUAGAACUGAGCGAGCUCCCUAAUUAUACUGCUUUUGAAUGCAUGCAAGCGCUGAUUAUUGUCACUAUACACCGUAUUUCCAUUCCCGUACGCAGCGUACAUAUGCACAAUGUAACAAGUAUAUAUACUGCUAGGUUAGUAGUUGUGGGUGGCUUUUAAUUUCCUGGGUUUUGUAAAACCUAAGUUAUCACGCUCUUUUUUCUUCUUCUUUUUUAUCAGGAACAUUUUGUGAUCA